CUUCGGCCGGUUUGAAAAGGGUUCCAGAGAUGUCCGUUCUGGGAUUGGAAAACAGAAGUUCGUCUGGCCUCGAGCUGAGCGGAUCGCAGAGAUCGUUGAAGAUAAAGCGCGAGUCUCGUCACUCCCAAUCGAUCGAUUCCUCCUGAGAGAAUUCCACACUUAGUGUAGUUAAGCGUAGAUUGUAGUACUCACCCGAUCCUUGAUCCUUGAUCCUUGAACCUAGUUUGCAUGCAUUUCGCCUUGGUUGUUUGUGUUUGCGCCUGGUUUUUGUUCGCCCUUCGUGCAAAUCGCGUUAACUUAAUUCGUUACCCAGCGAGUGAAAGAAAUGGAGGCCAAUUCAAAUCCCACGACUCCCACAACGGCGGUGGCCACCACCACAUCCACGUCGAGUCCUUCGCCAGCUGCGAGCACCAGCAGCAAAGGACACAGUCAACCCGCCUCCACUUGCUCCGCAUCUGCAUCAGCAUCCGCAUCUGUAUCCGCAUCUGCAUCCGCAUCCGUAUCCGCCUCUGCCACUCAGUCACAGCUGCUGGCCACCAGCUUGGAAAUGGCCAAGGCGGAGGACCUGUACAAUCUCUCCCUGGCCAGCGGACUCUCCGAGGGCCAGAGAUCCUUGUCGGGUGCUCCGUCGGCUUCCUCCAGUCCGAUUAUGAGUCCGCAGGGGAAGAUCUUCGGGAGGAAUGCAAAUGGAACAAUGAUCACCACAUCGCGACCGGGCAACGAGGCGGAGGUGCAGCUGUACCGGGUGCUCCAGCGGGCCAGUCUGCUGGCCUACUACGACACGCUCCUCGAAAUGGGCGGCGACGACGUGCAGCAGCUGUACGACGCCGGCGAGGAGGAGUUCCUCGAGAUCAUGGCGUUGGUGGGCAUGGCCUCCAAGCCGCUCCACGUCCGCCGCCUCCAGAAGGCGCUCCACGAGUGGGCCAACAACCCGGGCCUCUUCCAGGGUCCCCUGCUGCCGCACUUGGGACUUUGCGAAACGCCACCCAAACCGGCGCUGGUCUUCAAUCCGGACACCACUCCUGCCCUGCCCCGCCAGAAGUUCCCCUCUUUCAAUCCCUCGGGCACAGCCUUCCAGCCCUCGGCGGCUCCCCCCGCUCCCCUGCCCACUUCCGGUUCGGUUCCCCCGCCCGCAGCUCCCCUGAUCACCCAGAUCGCCUGUCCCGCGAUUCCCUCGGUGUCCUCGGUGCCCCUGCCCCUCGUUUUGCCCUCCACCCCGCUGACCAGCAGUCCGCAUCCCGCGGCGAACAGCAGCCUGCCGGCGAGCGCCGCCCACCAGGUGUCCUCCAGUUCGCCGCAGCUCACGCCCGUCCUCACGGAAAUGCAGAUCCAGCGGAUAACGAUGUGCGCGGACAAGAUUGGCCGCCAGCUGCCGCAGAGGGAGCCGCGUGCCCAGACCACCAGGAAGCGGACCACGCGGGAGCUGGAGCAGGUGAUCGCCAUGGGGGAGCAGGAUCCACGGCGGAUGGACGAGAUCCGUAAGUACUCGGCCAUCUACGGCCGCUUCGACUGCAAGCGGAGGCCGGAGAAGCCUCUGACCCUCCACGAGGUGUGCGUCAAUGAGGCGGCGGCCCAGUUGUGCCGGAAUCCGCAGACCAUUUGGUUGCUCACCCGCCGCGAUGAGCUCUUCCCCUUGGCCCGUCAAAUCGUCAAGGAUGCGGGAUUCGGUCACUCCGCCAGCAUUGCACGGUAUGGUGGUCUGCUCACCCAGCUGCCGUCGCAGGGAGCGGGAUCGGGUGGCGGAGCAGGACGAGCAGGUCCUGGUGACACGGACUGUGAGUCCAGUGACUCCGCCGUUCCCUCGAAAAGACAGCGACUCUCCUCCACGGAGGCCGCCCAACUGCCACUCGACUUGAACCGGGAAGCUGUCGAGGACUCGCGCUACAAUCUGUUUGCCAUGUACCAAAAGUUCGCCAAGCCGCCGUUCGAUCUUACGGAAAUUGCCAAGUUCUCCCUUGGCAAAGCGGCUGACUACGAGGACAACGAUUCGCGCUUCUCGUUUAGCAACUCCAGUUCGCCGACCAUGCCAACGCCCUGCAAUGGAAUGGAAAGUGAUCGAUCUCCGGUCUCCCGACCAAUGGAGAACUCCUCGCCGCCGCGGGAAUCCGUGGAUCUGAGUGGCCCCACCCAGGGUGCAGCUCUCAGUGGAGUCCAGGUCAUCUCCGCGGCGGGGGACAACAUCAUUGCGGUGGCCAAUCCCGCCCUGGCACUCAGCCCCACUUUGAACGAGGUGCUGUCCCUCAAGAGGAACGCUGCUUCGCCGGAGGCCUAGCUUUUGGGUUCCAGGAGAUCGGAUGGAUGCCAUUCGCAGUGCCAGAUUUGGAUUCACCCAAAUCGUUUUCAAUUCCAGUGCAAUUCAGUUAGUUAAGUUUCGUCUAAGUGGAAACAUUGUUUUUAGGAAUGUUAAGUCAAUGGUUAGUUGGUAGUCUCUGUGAUCUAUACUAAACACUGUA